AUGAAAUUUUGGCGAUGUGCUAAUCGAAAUUGUGGUGUGCUGCUGCAUACAAAUCUUAAUAAUCAAUUUGUACGGUUUUCUGGAAAUAUAUCCGAUCAUUCACAUCUGCCGAAUCCAGCUGCAUCGGAGAUUCGAACGUUGAGAGAACAAAUGCAAAAACGGGCCAAAAAUGAAAUAUUACCGUUGCAGGAAAUUGCUGAACAAGAAGUACGAAAAGGUCUAUUAACCGGUCAUAAUGUAGUGCAUAAUCGUCGGAAGUUGAUGCCACCACUUUCACAGCCAUGCUCUUUCGGCAUUCCGGAUGUAUAUAAAAAAGAUUUCCUCAAUCGUGAUCGUUUAUUAUCACAUGAUAGUCAUGAUCCGCAAUUUGAAAUCGAUGAACCAUUAUACCCACGACCUGAAGGCAGAGUUCUGAUGGAUGGUACCCGUACUACCAAUGAUGAUGAUGAUGUUUUAUUUCAAUAUAAAACUUAUGAAGAAUUUCGAACAGCACGCUUGAAAUUGAACUAUGAAAGUUCAUUAAAACUAUGGUAUUCGUUACCCUCUGAUUUGGCUAGUAUUGAUAACAACCCUACGAAAAAUUUAGGCGUAAAUGUGAUAAAACAAUCAUUAAUUUACGCGCCUUUAUACGGUAUUACUUUGGCAUGA